GUAGACACAGAAGUUCAACACUCGACACAUCCGACGGACUCCGCAACGCUGCUUCCGCCCUUUCGUGCUACCCCGCUUGCUGUGCGCCUCAACACUUGGUGGUUCUCCGCCCUAGUGUGCGCACUGCUCUCGGCGUCCCUGGGGCUGCUCGUGAAGCAAUGGCUGAGGGAGUAUCUCGCGGGCUCUGCCAACAUCUCUCGUGAAAGCAUCCGGAUCCGCCAAUACCGCCACGCAGGUCUUGAGAGGUGGCAUGUACCCGAGAUUAUCCUUUUCCUCCCGAUGCUCCUCCAACUGGCGCUCGUGCUGUUCUUCGCUGGGCUAAUCGACCUGCUGUGGUCUCUCAACCACAUUGUGGCCGCGGUCGUGUCCGGCAUCGUCGCUGUUGCUGCCCUCUUCGCCGCAAUGACGACCCUCACCCCACCGCUGUACGCAGACUGCCCUUACAAGUCCCCGCAGUCCUGGCUCCUG